CAAUUAUUUUAGAAUACCAAUGAAGUGACAUUACGUGAUAUCAAGCAGAUCCUAUUAUGUUAAUUAUUUGUUAAAGCCGAUUAGCGAUGGCAAAUCGGAUAUUUUCAGUACGUAGUUAUCAGUGUCAGUAUGAAGAUGUAUAUCUCAAGUUUUUGGUUCUGCCUUUUUGCAGUAGGCUUGCACUACAUUUGUCCAAGUACUGCUACUGGAGAAGGAAUGUCGACAGAGGAGAGGGAAGUAGACUCCCAAGAGGAAACUUCUACUGAAAAAGAGGCGAACAACAAGAGGCAAUCUCGCGAAUACACAUAUUCUCGACCUCAUACCAUAACAAUGAAGAGUGACAACACAGCUCCUAACGGUAUCAAGCUAUACAUCAAAAUCGGGGGCCCCGAGAGGACAGAUGCACUACCAAAACUGGGUUAUAAUAGUUUGAUAUGCAUGGAAAUGGCAGCAGGUGUGAACCUCACUAGCAAAUUCGAAGUAUUUCCGGUUGAGAUGUUAGAAGCGAAGGGAAAUUUGGAGGAUCUCAGUGCACCAGAUGCGGGAAUUGAAUUUAAAAAAAUCGAUCCCAUCUUCAAAGGAACCAAGUUUUUCUCUUGCAUGACUGAAGAUGUUCCAAAAGUAUUGCUACGUAUGGACAGACUUUUCAUAAUUGACCGGCCUAUAGACGAAACUACAUUCGAGACUUUCAUAUCGAAGACCUACAUAGAAAUCGACCUUCCUUGGCAGAGCAGAUCAGCAGAAAAGAAAAAGUCAUUUUUGAACAGUAUAUGGUCCGGCUUGAACCAUAGAAUUAGGAGCGCGUUCUCAAAGAAGCAAAAAUAUGGAAAAGAAAACAGUAAAGCAAAUGGUGGAGUAGGAGUCGCUUUCGUGUUGCAUGAGUUCAUACCUCUAGAGGGAGGCCGGCAGGUCUAUCCCGGCAGUGCAGUGGCAGAUACCAGAAUGUUGACUGUGUUUGCAGAAAAUGUACCGAAAAUGAGCAUUGAGGCUAAGGGAAAAUCAUUGUUUUAGAAGAAUCUGCUGUAAUUUUCAGAGUUGUGUCAUAUCAUCCCAAAGCGGACCAAACUAUAGAUGAGAAAUUUCAUUUAUUAGAAAACCUUGUAGAAGUAAGCUUUUUCACAGUGAUGGGUUUUCAGAUUUGCAGUGUAACCUAUUUUCCAAUUACUUUUUUCGCAAUGAUUCACAUGAUUAAAUGAUUCAAUGAUAAA